AUGGGGAUCAACCAUAGACCGGAUAUCUUUCUAAAAUUGAAAACUGCUUCCAAGAAACCAACCAAUUCUUCGCAAGUUCUAAAUGAUCUUAAAGAUUUAGAUAAAAUACCAAAACACCUUGGUGUUAUGUUUUGGGGAAAUUUCAAUAAUAGUAACAAUGUCAAUAACAUUGAUAAGGAAAUAAAAAUGAUUAAGGAAGCGGCAGAAUUAUGUUGUUGGUGUAAAUGUGCUGGAAUUAAGAUAUUGAGUAUUUAUGAGAGUGAAGUAGACUUACAAAUCAAUUUAAUUUCACGCUUUGAAGGAAGAGAUCACAUAAUAAAAGUGGUUAGAUCAUUGGCUGAAGAAGUGAAGCUAAAAAAAGUUAAAAAUGAUGAGAUUGAUGUUGGAGAAUUUGAUAAAAGAUUAAGCAUUCCACAAUUUCCAGAACCACAACUUUUAAUUUUAUUUUCUCCAAGAAUUGAAUUCGAUGGAUUUCCACCUUGGCAUAUUCAUUUAACUGAAAUAUUUCAUGUACCUAAUAAUAAUAAAUUUCAUUAUACAAUAUUUAUAGAAGGACUUAGAAAAUAUUCAAAAGUUGACCAAAGAUUUGGUAGAUGA